AUGGGACGGCGCAUCGUUCAUAUGGCCCGCCCCAGCGCGGGGAUCUCACCCAUCACUCUCUUCGCCUUUGUCGUCGUAGUGGUAAUCAUUGGCUAUGUCCUUCUUGGGCGGGGAAGCCAAAAGACUGAGACGACCGACGAAGCUGCGCCCCCAGUGGAGGGCUCCAGCUCCAAGAACUCCUCAUCUCGGAAGAGCUCACGCCGACACAGUACCCCUCAGACCCCAGAUCCUGUCCAGUCCGAUACAGACUACCCUGACACCAGCGAUACUGAGGCCUCACAUAGCGGCAACGAGUCGGACGUAUCUUCGGGUAAUUCAGGAGGCCAAGGCGGAGGACGCGGGGGCGGUCGUAAGAAGGGUAUUCUUACGCAUAAGCGGCCACAGUCUGAGAGGGGUCGGCGAGGGUCAAUCUCGUUCAUCGAUGAUGACAAGGCUGCGAGCAGGUUAUGGAGGUUCGACGAUGAGGAACGGCCGAAAGAGAUCUGGGAAGAGCCAGUCGUCUUUGGGGGUGGUAUGAAACCUCCUCCCAAAGACGACUUCAGGGUACCCCACGAACAAUCUCGCCUGCACAUCUUCGAAGCUGCGCUGCUUGAAGGCAAACACCACGACCUGCUUGCUCGUAUGAAAGAGGUGGAGAGUCUGGUAUUCACCAACUGGAUGGCGGCGGAAAGGCCAGACGCAUCCCUCGGUGAGCGAGAGGCCUGGGCGACGAGGCUAGCGACGGCCGAGAGCGACUCCUGGGGCAGUACCCGCCGAUGGGGGAAGUUACCCACUAUCGUCUUCGAUCUCUGUCUCGCCCUAUUGAGAAGCAAAAUCAUCGACAUCUCCACUCUGGCGGAAGUCAUGUAUGAAGAGCCUCACAUACGCGACUGCAGGUCCUGCCCGGCCAAAGGCAUCAUCGAGGGAGGUUUUGAGGCGGUGGACAUGGAACAGGGAGACGGCCUGCAGAAGGUCAGACGGCUGGUGCCCAAAAACGAUGAGGCGGCGAGGGAGAUCCUGAUUGGGUGGUUCGCCCUACCUUACAGGGCAUACCUAAGGGAGCAGUGGAUGAACUGUCGGGCGCGUGUGGAAGCUGGCUACCGGCUCCCCGAUUCCGUCAUUGCGGCGCUUGGUACGCCAAGCGGCGACCCGGGGCUAGGCGGCGAGAUGUUGAAGUGGCUGAGUUGGGCGGGACAGCGAUACCUUGUCAACCGUCUCUUCACUCUAGGAGGGGCAGACCUGCUUGACGGUACCGCUCGUAUCUCCAUCACAAGGCUGGAUGCCGGCGACGACUCUCUAUUCAAGCUGGACGUGACGCUCUUCGUGCCAGAGGCGACCAAUCUCGCCGACUUUGCGCGCGCCAAAGCUGCGGCAGACUGGAUGCGCAACACCAAAGGGGUAGGCAAAGACGGCUCGGCGCAUGGUGAGGGCUGGAAGGGGUCCAGUUACUGGCUCCGAGAUGCCCUACACCGCUGUAUCCACCUGUCAGGGUCUUGGAUCUACGCAAACUUCAAAGGUCAGGACCAGAAGGUCAAUCAACAGGAAGACCGGAUCGCCCUUCGAAGACUCUUCAUCCGCCCAGGUUACUCCAAAACUCAUGUUGAUAUGGCCAAGGGCAGGAUCAAUGCGCAAGGGCCGGUGAAGGAGUACCACGACCAGAAACUGUCCGUGCUCAUGCAGCUGCCACUAGACGCUGUAGCCAGAGCCGCAAAGUAUAGGGAGGCGGUGAACGCGGUGAAGGGGAUGGUGGAUCGGUCCCGUUUCUCGAUUAUCAGGUUCACCAAUGAACGUCAGCACAGCUGGUAUACACCAGUGGAAGGUGCCACCGCCGCCGAUCGCUUCGACCCCAGACAAAUGGCAUUCAUGCUGGGCGUCAUGGGAAGAGCCCUAGGCAAAGGCGUCUACUAUGACGAGUUCACCAUGGAAGACGAGGCGACUUAUGCGAUAACAGAGAGUAACGUCUCUAUUCAAACGGAAUUGACACCUGGUUCCGUCCAUCUCGACUUUGGCGGUAUCUUGCCCUAUGUCGCGAUGACAACGGCAGGUCAGAUGAAGGCGGACUUCGUUUGGCUUAAAGACAUGCCCCGAGUCAGGACGUACUAUCUACCUCUGAUGGCCGGUGCGCCAAUCGCAUCACGCGGGGAGAGUAAGCUGGUGUAUCAGGGGAUGGAAAGCUUAGGGAAGACGUCAGUGCAGUGGUGUACUGCUCGAUGGGCAUUGGACCGGAGCACGGGAAUCUGGGCGGCCAUGGCUCUCUGGGAUGAUGUGGAGAGGCGGACGGCGUUCGUCGUCAUGGUCGACUCGCUGGAAGAAGGGCGCCGAGUCUUGCAUCAGCAGCUCGAAGGCGUAUUCGUCUAUGAAGUCAUCGACUCCCUCUUCGCCAAAGGCCUCGAAGCCACGGAGGGGGGUGCGAUAGGGCAAGCCAACCGGUACCAAACUUCAGAUGGAGCGAGGAGAAGGGUCGAGAUAGACCUCACCCGGAUGCUGUAUAUCAUCAGCAAGGCGCUUCAGUUGACGACCAUCGUGGAAUGUUCCACCGGCAACAGUCACCCGGGUGUUUAUCUUCAUUUGUAUACAGCAACCGCUGCCCAGCUAUUGGCCAAGUGGGAUGCGCUACCCGAGCGCAGGAGUCAGCUAGCACCACCUGUAGUGCCCGAGCCAGCCGAGACUCCCCAGCCGCUUGCGCCUCGUAGGAACGUCGGCUUUGCAGAGGCGGAAGGCGAUGAUGAUCAAGCGGCCCCUCGCAGCGCUGGAAGCCAGAAAGGUCCACCUGAUGUGGGGCCCACCCCACACUCUUCUACUCCCGGCGGAUCCACCGGAAAAGUCGGUCCAGCAUCGAAGUUGCGUUGGACUCGACCCGAUGUUGGCACCGAGGAGGAGGAAUUAGCGCUCGCGGCGCUGAGAGCCCAGUAUUUCGGUCUACUGCAGCCAAAGACCGCAGCUGAGCUGGACGAGUUGAAGCGCGCCGGAGGGGUCGUCGACCCAAGAGAAGCGCAUGUUCAGGUGCCGUGGGCGGGCUCAGCCAUCCCGGACGAUGUACUUGACGCGGCGAUGAACCGGCCUCUUUGGGACAAGAAGGGGAGCGACAGCCGCAUGAUGAUCUGGCAUCAGCUGCAUAUAAGCUGUCAACUGGGAGAGGAGGAUCUGACAUCGGCCAUUCAAGCUAAGCUUGGUCACAGCCCCCCUCUCACGGCAGCCGAUCAGCUGGAGCGGAAGCGUGCGUACCAAGCCGCGGAUGUCAACGGGAAGAAAGCGCUACUCGAGAGGUACAGGGCCGACUUAGCCAGGAGGAUCGAGGAAAGGGGCGCUGCCGAGAGGGUCAGGGUGUAUAUGUUGGACCAAGCAGGUCGAGAGAACGACAACAGGAAGGACUUCAGGGUGGCGAUCGAGAAGAAUAAGAAAGUGUAG